UGAAGCAGAAAAAUUAAACAAGAACGUGCGUACAAGAGAAACAUGUCUGUGAGAGCAGUCCUAGCAUUGGUGGUUCUGGUACUUCUCAUUGGAUCCCAUGAGUCCACUUUGAUCUCUGAUGCUCUACAGAAGGUAGAGGACUUAUUUGUCAAGAUCUUAGGCCAAUCCAACAACGUUAUCUCCUUCGCUCGCUUCACUAACAAGUAUGGGAAAAAGUAUCAAAACAAGGAGGAGAUAAAGCACCGUUUUUCAGUGUUCCAGAAGAAUCUUGAUUUAAUCGGAUCCACCAACAAGAAAGGCUUACCUUUCAAACUCGGUGUCAAUAAAUUUGCUGAUUUGACCAACCAAGAGUUUCUAAGGAACAAGUUUGAUUGUUCUCGCUUCGGCAUUUUCAAGGGCAGACACAAUCUCACAGACACAACCACAACUCCUAGUGCUAAAGACUGGACAAAAACUGGUAUUGUUAGCCCGGUCAGAGAUCAGGGACAAUGUGAAGCUGGCUGGGCAAUCAGCUCAGUUGGAGCUGUUGAGGCCGCUUACCGUAAGAAAUAUGGAAUCGGAAUUUCCCUGUCUGAGCAACAGCUUCUGGACUGUUCUACAAAUAACAAAGGCUGCGAUGGUGGCGCUGCUGCCAACGCCUUUCAGUACAACGUAGAGCGCAAACUCAACUAUCGAUCAUUUUACCCUUACGGAGGUACGCAGGGAAAAUGCAGAUAUGAGCCUUUAGUGGUCGGUAAAUUAAUCAAGAGCUAUGGCGUAGGCGUUUCGAUUGAUGAAAAUAAACUGAAGCAAUGGGUCGGAUCCAUUGGGCCAGUUACCGUAGGAUUUCACGUUACAAACUCAUUCGCUUUUUACGAGGAAGGAGUCUACUCUAGUGAUGAGUGUGGAGAUACUACAAAGGACUUGAACCAUUUCAUGUUGGUGGUUGGUUAUGGAAUUGAAGAUGGUGUCCCAUAUUGGCUUAUACAGAACUCAUGGGGAACGGAUUGGGGUGAGAAAGGUUACAUCAAGGUGGAGAUGGGGAAGAACAUGUGUGGUGUUGCGGCAUAUGCAGCGUACCCCAUUCUGUGGUGA